UUUUCAUGUAGAUUGAAAUGUAAUGAAUACCAAUAAUUAAUCUUCAUUUUCAAAAAAAAAAAAGAACAGUUAAGUUACAUUAUUUUUCUAAUGUUUUUGAACUUUUGUUUUUAGUGAUGAAAGGGGAAAAUGUCUUAGCUAUUUCAAAUAACAUUUUGACUUUAAUGUUUAUGGUAUGUCAGUAAUGUUAUAAAAUGGCUUUAUAUAUAGAUAAAAAGAUAGAUGAUCCCACUGGUGGGCCACAAAAAACUUUAUUAUCUUGGCACAAAUGCUUCCCUCUUAUGGCCUGUGCAUCAUAUGAUGACAGCUCUGGUGGUCUUGUCAGCAUGUACAAAGAUGACAGCACAGUAAUCAGAAGUAAAAUCACUUCUCGAUUGGGUAUUCAAGUUACAGCAAUGGCUUGGCAUCCAACUAAGAAGUGCUUACUGAUAGGGUGGGAAAGUGGCGAUUUAUCAAUAUGGAGUGAGUUGGGUGGAAGAGAAAUCUAUUCUUUCUCGAAGCACCAUAACAAUGUGAUAUCUAUUUUAAAGUUUAGUGAAAAUGGUAAAAUAUUUGUGACAGGCGAUAUUGAUGGAAUUCUGAAUGUAUGGAAAUUUGAUGCUGGAGGAAGUUUAGAAAUUUUAUUCACCCGUCCAUUAAAAUAUACAGUUAUUGAUAUAGUAUUUCGCAAUUCAAACAGUGUAAGUAAUGAUAGUGAAAUAAGUCGUUUGGCUAGAGCAGCUGUUGACGGAGAUGAGAAGGCUUUAAAUAUGUUCUCAAGUUGGCAGGAUGAUGGAGCCUAUGAUAGCAAAUUGCACUUCUUUGCACGAGAUGAUGAAUUUGAUCUCUUUGUUGGUUGUCAAUCUGGAAUUGUCUAUUAUGUGAGGAGUAGUGGUUACUGUGAAGGAGUUCUUCAAAUGGAAACAUCCAUUUGUUAUCUUGCUUAUUAUCGAGAAAAAGAUAUACUGAUUGUUAUUUCUAAAUCUUUGAUAUUGGCUCAAUUUACUAUUAACCAUGAUGGAGCUGUAAAUGAGCUGGGUAAAAUUAAGCUAAGUGGAAGAAAUACAGAAACAGUUGUGACUUGGGCUGGAGAUGGAUUACUUGCUGUUAGUGCUGGAGAAAGUUCAGUUCACUUAUGGAAUGUAGAGUAUGGUAGAAGCACUACAUUAACAUUGCCUUCCACUGCCCCUUCACAUCAAAUAACUUCCAUUUCUUUCUUAGCUAGCAAGAAUAUUUUAUCAGCUGGCACCAAUCAAGGGUAUGUUUUUUCUUGGUAUUUAAUGUAUAAAGAAGAUGAUGAUGAUAUUAUAUGGGAAGUAGAAGACAUACUGAAUGUCUCUGGAUACAUUAGGAAUUUUGAAUGGUGUGAAAAUCUAGAAGUAAUGGGACUUAUAACAACAUCAGAUGUCUACAUAAUAUCAAAGCAAAAGAUGUGCUUUGCAUUUGAUGAUGGAAUUUCAGCUGUCCAAGUAUCUGCUCGUCAAGUAGUUAUUGAGCUUGUUUCACGUGAUCUUUCAGUGCAUCUUCUUACAGAAACAGAAAUAAAGGCUGUUUACUUGAGUAAAAAUAUUGUUGCCUUGUACUGCAAUGAUAAGCUAAUUUUUUAUGAAGUUAACUUUGAUGAUAAAAAGACUAUGCACCUUGGCACAUUUACACCUGCAUCAGAAACUAUUCUUUUGCAUGAUCAAAGUGUUUAUAUAGUUAAUGAUACAAGAAUUGAUAUUAAAACCUUCCAAGGUACAUUAAAAGCAUAUUUUACAUUUACCAAAGAGGAAGGAGAACCAUUUGUCAUGGAUGCUUGUGGGAAUUUUUUCGUUGCUACAUCUACAUCAGGAAUAAUAAAACUAUGGGACAUUAGUGGCAGAGAAGCAAAAUUAUUACUUACCUCAAACCAUGUAAAAAGUGUGUUGAAGGAUAAACACAUUGCUACCAUCAAAUGCAAUAAUAAAGGAAACAAAGUUAGUUUUUCUGCAAGAAUCAAAACAAAGACUGGCUUUAUUCAUGAUUCUUCUUUGUAUGUGUGGGAUACAGAAAAGAAUGUGGUUUCAAGAUUUGAUUUUGCAACUGGUCAAGGUAUUGAUCAAGAUAAUGAAGCUUUGGCUGGUAAUCAGUUUGGUCAAGCCAUUAAUGGUCGUUAUCCAGUGCAGCACAUGUGGGUUAAGGAGGACCCAAGAAUGAUUGUUUGUGAAGCAAAGUUACUUCCAUUGCCUUUGAAGAAAAAUUUAGCUAGUAAUAGCUUUAGGAAACUUUUGAAUAAAAAGAACAGUUUUUCUGAAAUUGAGAAAAAACCUGAAUCAAUAAUUGCAUCCUUAUAUGUAACACCUGAAAAAAUACUGAUAAUCCAAGACUAUUUCAUGUUACAAGAUGAUCAAGCCAAUCUUUUAGGAGUCAAGAUUCCAUACUUUUUUAUACUACAAAAAGCAAAGCCCGAUGAAGAAUCUGAUGACUUUGCUAAAUCCUCUUCUGUGAAAAAUCAUAAAACUCUGGUUCAGCGAAAAACGAUGCAAAACUUCAUUGGACUUGAAGACUGUGAUAAAACAACAAAAGAUGCAUUGCUAAAUUUCAGUUAUUAUUUUGCUGUUGGAUGUUUUGAUGAAGCAUUUCUUGCAAUAAAAGCUAUUAAAUCAGAAUCUGUCUGGCACAAUAUGGCUCGUAUGUGUGUGAAAACUAAACGCUUGGAUGUUGCAAAAAUCUGUGUAGGUAAAAUGGGUCAUACUUAUGCAGCAAGAGCUUUGAAGAAUGCUGAAAAUGAACCUGAACUUGAAACUAAAGUUGGAAUACUUGCAAUACAUCUAGAAAUGUAUGAUGAAGCAGAAGAGUUAUUUAAAAGCUGUGGUCGGUAUGACUGGGUUAAUAAAAUAUAUCAAAGUCGUGGACAGUGGGAGAAAGCAUUAGAAGUUGCAGAGAAAAAAGAUCGCAUACAUUUACGAGAUACAUUUUACAACUAUGCUAAUUUUUUAGAAAGAGAGGGUGAAAUAAAUGCUGCAAUAAAAUUCUUUGAAAAGUCUGGCACACAUCAUUUUGAAGUACCACGAAUGCUUUUUGAGGAUCAAAGAGCUCUUGAAGCCUAUGUUCAGAAGAGUAAAGAUCCUGAAAUCCAUAGGUGGUGGGCUCAAUAUUUAGAAAGCAUUGAUGAAAUGGAAACAGCUUUACAUUAUUAUAAGACAGCUGAAGAUUAUUUGUCAUUAGUACGGCUCUACUGUUAUUGUAAUAAUUUGGAGAAAGCUGCUGAAAUAGCAAAUGAAACUGGCAAUCGGGCAGCUUGCUUUCACCUUGGUAGACAGUUUGAAAACCAAGACAAUAUCAAAGAGGCCAUCCAUUUUUUCACUCAAGCUAGAGCUUUUACAAAUGCCAUUAGAAUAUGCAAAGAGAAUAACAUGGAAGAGCAGCUAAUGAAUUUAGCAAUGAUGGCUGGCCCGGAAGAAAAAGCAGAUGUGGCACAAUAUUUUCAGCAGCAAGGUCAGAUGCAAAAUGCAAUUUCGCUUUACCAUAAGUCAGGAAAUUUAGAAUAUGCUAUUGAAUUAGCUUUUCAAGAAGGAGAAUAUGAUUUAUUACAGAAAAUUGCUGCAGAAUUACCACCUGAUGCUGAUCCACAGUUGCUUCAACGGUGUGCUGAAUUUUUUAUUCAGAGAGGUAAAUUUGAUACAGCUGUAAAUCUUUACAUCAUGGCUAAAAAAUAUGAAGAAGCUCUAUCCCUUUGUGUUGAAAAUAAUGUUACUAUAAAUGAAGAAUUAGCUGAAAAGUUUACUUUGGAUAAAAAUGAUACCGAUAAAAAGUUACGUAAUUAUAUUUUAGAGAAAAUUGGAGAAUCCUGCAUGAUACAAGAGAAUUACCAUUUAGCAGCUAAGAAAUUUACUCAAGCUGGGGAUAAAAUAAAAGCAAUGAAAGCACUUUUAAAAUCAGGAGAUACAGAAAGAAUAAUUUUUUUUGCAAAUGUAUCUCGACAAAGAGAUAUAUAUGUCAUGGCAGCAAACUACUUGCAAACACUGGAUUGGAGAAAUGGUGGAGAUAUAAUCAAACAUAUAAUAACUUUUUAUACAAAAGGUAAAGCUCUAGAUCUUCUUGCCAGCUUUUAUGAAGCUUAUGCUCAAGAUGAAAUUGAUGAAUAUCAGAAUUAUGAAAAAGCUUUAGAAGCACUAACAGAAGCUUAUAAAAGUCUUUCGAAAGCUCCUGGUAGUGCAAACUCAGAAAAGCUUGAAAACCUUAAAAUGAAAAUAGAAACUGUGAAAAAAUUUGUGGAUAUUCGACAGCUAUAUGAAAGUAAUCCUGAAGAUGCAGUGAAGCAAUGUAGAGAUCUCCUUCAUCUAGAGAAUGUAGAUGCAGCUGUUCGUAAAGGAGAUAUUUAUGGCUUUCUAAUAGAGCAUUUUUGUUCACAUGAAAAUUACAAGGUUGCUUAUUCCAUAUUGGAGCAGAUGCAAAACACAAUGCCUGAUGUUAAUUUGCCAUAUUAUAUCAAAGUAGAUAAUUUAAAAGCUAUUUAUAAGGCUUUAGAUUUAAAACCUAAUGUCCAAUCUAACUUUUUGGACACAAAAAAAUCUGAUGAUCUGUCGGAUAAUGAAGAAAUUGAAGAAGAAUAUCAAUCAGUAGAAAACAGAUUUUAAAUCAGAAAUUAUUAAUCACUAAUUAUCAGUCACGUUACAGAUUUUUUUUUAAUUCACUUCAUUUUCAUCUUACUUUCUUAAUCCUAAUGCAGUCAUUA